CCCGCCCGCCCGCCUGCCCGGCCGGCGCCGGGCCCCGGAUGCAAGAGGCCGGCGGAGGGACGUCAUUGUUCCCCGACGGGCUGUAACAGGAGGCGGAGCGGGCCGGGCUGAGGCGGGGGCUGCGGCGAGGGGGACCCGGCAGCGCCGAGUCAAGCGGGGCCGAGCCAGAUAUGAACAAUGACCAUAGUUAACAAGCCAAAAUCCUCAAAGUCUAAAAAAUCUUCAUCGAGAAGGUCUGACAAAUCUAUGAAACCCCGUACUAAAAAAAUGACGUCACGCACCGCGAGUUUGGGCCGGGUACCACCUACAGAAGAUCCAAACAAAGUCUCUGUGGACAAAGGCCCUGGAGGGCAUAUUUAUUGUAGAUCAUCUCAAAAAUCGAAGCCUUUUGCCCAAAGAGAUCUAGUUGUUAAUGAUGGGAUUGCUCCGCCACAAAGAAUUCUUUUUCCACCUGAGAAAAUCUGUAUGGAUUGGCAACAAACCCAGAGUGUUGGGGUUGGGCUGCAGAACCUCGGCAACACGUGUUUCCUUAAUUCCACUCUCCAGUGUCUGACCUACACGCCUCCUCUUGCCAAUUACAUGCUUUCCCUUGAGCACACCAAGUCAUGUCAUGUAGAGGGAUUCUGUAUGAUGUGCACGAUGGAAAGUCACAUCAACCAGGUCCUGUGUUGCUCUAAUAAUGCCAUCAAACCUACAUCUGUUAUCAAUGGCCUUAAAAGAAUAGGAAAACAUUUCCAUUUUGGCAGUCAAGAGGAUGCACAUGAAUUCUUAUGCUUCACUGUUGAUGCUUUACAGAAAGCUUGCUUGAAUGGAAGCACCAAAUUGGACAGAUCUUCUCAAGCCACCACACUUAUUUAUCAAAUAUUUGGAGGAUAUCUAAGAUCCCGAGUAAAGUGCUUGAACUGCAAAGCAGUGUCGGACACGUACGAGCCGUUCCUCGACGUUACCUUGGAUAUAAAGGCAGUUACAUCUGUCACCAGAGCUCUAGAACAAUUUGUGAAACCGGAACAACUGGAUGGUGAAAACAGCUAUAAAUGUAGCAAGUGUAAAAAGAUGGUUCCAGCAUCCAAGAGGUACACGAUACAUCGCUCUUCCAAUGUCCUCACAAUAUCACUGAAAAGAUUUGCAAAUUUUACAGGUGGAAAGAUCAACAAGGAUGUAAAAUACCCUGAAUAUUUGGAUCUUCGAGCAUAUAUGUCCCAAUCCAUUGGAGAACCUCUCAUCUAUGCUUUAUAUGCAGUUCUUGUACAUAGUGGCUUCAACUGUAACGCUGGGCACUAUCUCUGCUUCAUAAAGGCUGGUAAUGGACUUUGGUAUCGAAUGAAUGAUGCCUCAGUAGAACUUUCUGAUAUCAAAACAGUUCUCAAUCAGCAAGCUUACGUACUUUUUUAUAUCAGGCGCUACGACUUGACGCUCGGGGAACGCGCUUUUUACCUGCCGGCGCCGUCGUACCCCCGCCCGUUCCUGGGCCAGCGGGGAGCCAACAGCAAACAGCCUGGAUUCAUGGGACCACGGCUUCCUCCUCACAUGAUCAAGAGUUCAAGUCGUUUAAAUGGAAAUGGACCCUUAAAAGAGGAUCCCAGUGCAGUUGGUGUGGCUGUAAAAAGGCCUUCAUCAGCUCCACCAACAGCCUGUGUUCAGAACUGGGCCAUUUCCAGGCCUUCAAUGACUGACCCGUCAAAAAACCAGAAGAUCACUAUCAGUAUUCACAACAAACUGCCUGCACGUCAGACUGUGCCCCCGCUGGAGUGUCCGAGCAGUGCUGGGGAGGAUGAGGAGCUGAGCAAGCCUGUUCCUUCAUCCACAGUUACAAACUCCUCCGCAGCAGAGCCUACCUCAAAUCUAUCCACAGUGUCAGUCCCUACUAAUGUCUCCAAACAGGAAGUUCCUGAUGAAAUCUUUGUUGAGCCAGCAGUGAAUGGAAACCCCAAACUGGGUUCUGAGAACAUAGUCCCUUACGGUGCAGAACCUUCAGGAAAACCAGAGGAGUCAAAGGGCUUGUUUAAAAGGAAUUGCAACGUGAUAUCUUCCAAUGGAAUUCUGAUUGGGAAGGUGGUCCGUACAUUGCAUAAUUCCCAUUCGUCCUGUCCGAGUGCUGAAGAAAGAUCCCAGCACGAGCUGCCAAAAAUUGAUUCCCUAAAUGGUGCUAUUAGUUUAGAUAAUGAAUAUAAAGAAAAUGGACUGAAACUUGACGAUUCCACUUGCCAAGUCCAACCUGUUAAAGCCUCUGAGAUGUUCUUUUCUAAAGCAAACGGAGUGCUGGAAACGAUGCCUAAAGCUUUGUCACCCGAUCCUCAAGGUAUCUUAGACUCUCUCACAUACAGCCAGUUGAACAGCCUGUCAGAGGAAAAAAGUGUAUCUGGACCUCAGAAAUCUUCUGAGAAUGAUGGUCUUAUGGAAACUGUAGUCAUGGAAGCACUGUUUGCUUAUGAAGAAUCCAGGAAGGUUCCUUCCAAUUUUAGCUGUGAGGUUGAGAAACUUUUUACUCAACCAGAUGCUGAAACCAUUUUUACCAAAGAAAAAGUUGCUGAAAGUAUUAUAACAAAAGCUGAUAAUGCACAUCUCAAUAUCAAUGGUCAGCACAAGGUCAGGAAAAAAUCCUUGGACACUGAAGAUGAAUUCCUUGGGCAGCGUGAGUGUGAAGACAUCAGAGACGAAGACAAACCAAGAAGAUCAAAAGAACCUGAACUCAUUUCAAAAGAAAAUCCUUUGUACAUCAAAGGGUCUCCUGAGAGCAAAGAGAAAUUAGGGCAAACUUCCUCUGUGAAGCCUGACAUUGAAUGUAGUUCUAAAAAACUUCCAUCUCUAGAUAUUACAGAUAAAUGCCAAGAUACAAAGGACAUUUCUAAUAAUUAUGUAGAGGUACCACCUGUUAAUGACUCUUCCAUUACAAAGCUGGAUAAAGUAUUGGAAAGCCAAUUUUCUAGAGCAGAUGAGGGACUGAGUAGUAAAAUAUGUGAAGAAGAGAAACAUAUGAAAAAAAAUAAGAAAAAAAUACAUGACACUAAAAGAACUGACAAAGAGCACUACCGGAGGAAGAGAGAGAACUCAGACACUGAGGAGAGGGAGAGGCAAAGCAGGAGCAAAACAGAUGAACAUUCCCACAGGAGGAGGAGCUCUCGCAGUGUGGACACAAACAAGCAGAGUCGUCACAAGCAGGAAUAUUGCAGUGAGAGCAAGUACAGAUUUUCCCAUAACGAAAGGAACAGUCCAAGCAAUGCCAGAAGCUCAGGGAAAUACUCUCGUUACAGAUCCCGAAGCAGAGAAAGGACAGAACAAGACAGGAACAGGUAUUACUAUUCCAAAGGGGAGAGAGCUUGGAAUAGAGAAAGAUACUACCAAGAUGAGCCACGGAGAUGGGAAAAAUGCAGAUACUACAACGAUUAUUAUUCCUCCCAUGGAACAAGGGAUGGUAGAGAGAGGAAGUCCUCUCAUUGUGAUAAAGACUAUGACAAACUGAGCCAAGCUUACAGCAGGUCACACAAGGAUUAUCAUUGCAAAAGCAGGUGGGCUCACAACCCACUCUCUCGAGAGGAGGAUUUACAUCACUUCAGCAGCCACAGAGCAAACCUACAUCACUGUUCAGUACCUCAGCAGCAUCCUGACAAAUACUCCCGUGACAGGCACGCGCUCCCACCCCUGCCAGCACACUCACACCUUGAGGACUCUUCCCGGGAAAACGAAAAACUAAGGAACGGCAAAAGAAGAUACUCCCACCAAGAAGAAAGUGGAAGUGACAUAGAAAAGAAAUGCAGAAAGAUAGAUGACCAAAGAAUCAAAAAGUAUAAGAAGGUCAAGAAGAAAAAGAAGUCCAAAGAUAAACAUCGAGAGAAGGAUUACAAACUUUAUGAUUUGGAUUGCUCUGUGCUCCACUUUGACAAUGACAAUCGCAAACAUAAGAAAAAGAAGAAAAAGAAGAAGCAUGACAGGAAACUGAAAGACUUAUUGGAAUAUUUAGAUCCUCAUUUCCAGAAGAAAACAUGGGAGAAGAAGGAAGAAUCCCGUCCUCCAGAUGACCAUUUAUGUGAGCAAUACAGAAGCCAGGGCAGUAAACAACCCUACAAGGAAGAGAAGCCUUCUGGUGCAGGUGACAGCAAGAAAUACAGCUCCAUGGCAUCCCAUGAGUAUGUCAGAGAUGUGGAGCUGACUGAUGAAAGCCUUCAAUACUCAGACUAAACCCACCACCAAACCCAAUGACUUCUUCCCAUCAAACCCAGCAACCCUUUACCUUCAAAUCAACGACUUUUUAUCAUCAAAACCGACGACUUCUUACCUUCAAACCUGACAUUACCAAUAUUGACCAUCAAAACUUAAAAUUUAUUAUCAAAACAAUUACCAUCAAGACAAAAAUCCAGUCAUAAGUGGUGCUUAACAUUUCUGUACAGAUUUUACCAUAUAAGAACUUUUUUUUAGUUUUUAACUUGAGACUUUCUUUUUUAAAAUAUACUUCUAAUCCAAAAGGGUGAAAACUUUUUACAACUGCUGAACAUUGUAAAUUACCACAUAAAUAUCUCACUGAGGUGAGAUAAUGCCCUGGAAUAGACCAUCUCAAAUGCUGCUUAAUUACAGACUCAGGUUGACUUUAUGUUAUUCAUGUAAUGUUACUCCAAGUUAAGACAUCUGGUGCAAGAGCGACCAGGAAGUAUAAAAAUUGCAACUGACAGUCUGUAUAUUUAAUUUAAAGACUUAUUUAAAACUUCACAAGUUUUGCAAGAGCUUCAUUUUUAUUUUUUCUGUGGUCUGACACUAGAAACUAAUUUACUUCACAUUUGAGUUAUAUUCAAGAUCUGAAGAAAAUCUUCUGGUUUUCAACAUUGUGAAACAACAAAUAUGCAGUUCUGAAUGUAUCUCUCAAGACUAUUUGUAUAUUGUUCCAUAUGUUUUUAUUACAUUUUCUUAAUAUACUGUCAUUUGUCUUAAGUCUCAGUUGUCUGUUUUGUCUCUCUAAAGUGUCUAGUUACAGACAAAUUCAUACUGUGAUCUUUAUUUUUAUUAUUAAAUGCUAUCAAACUGUGAUGCACUUAUUAUUCACUGGUCCUGCAUCAGGAGAUGAGUGGGGAACCUGUAUUAAAUACAGUUCAUCUGAAUAAUCUGUCUGGUUUAUACAAGCUGUGUUGUUCAGAGAUGUCUAAAAGUUUGAUCUUUGUUUUUUUAAAGAUAAAAAGCACUUGCCCCACUGUAAAUAUAUAGCAUGUAAAAUUUAUAUAGUAUAUAAAUACAGCAAAGUUAAAAUGGA